UGUGCAGAAAUUUGGAGUUUAGUAGCGUGUGUGUAUCUAGAAAGUGGUGAUUAUAAUUCGGUUAUUUAUUUUGGAGAUUGUGAGUUUGAGUAUAAGUGUUGGCGAAUAUGCUGCUAUGUUUAGAAAAUAGAAAGUUGUCGUGUUUUUAUUCUUUUGGAGGAGUUGCUGUCAUUGAUUCGAUUUAGAUUGCUAUUUAACAAUGCUAUAUAGAUGGAUUUGUGAGUAUUAUUUUUUGUUAGAGCUGUUAACUAUGUGUGUUUAGCUUUUAGGUUGGAGAAAAUCGCUUCAGUUCGGUUAUGUAAUCGUGAGAUUGUGGUUUAGCUACUAUGUUUAGGAAGUUGUUGUGUUUUUAUUCUUUUGGAGGAGUUGGAUUACGUAAGAAGUAGUGGUAUGGAAAAGAAGUUCGUGGAUGACGAAGAGUUGACACCAAUGCCGCUAGUGAAAGUAGAUAGGUUUGGAUUUGUGAAGCCGGAAGUUAAGUCUGCUGAUGUUAUAGGUAAAAGCAGGUCAGCCUUUGAGAAUGACAGGGAGGAAAGGAGAAUUAGAAAAUGGCGGAAAAUGAUUGGAGUGGGAGGCAGUGAUUGGAAGCACUAUGUAAAAAGAAAACCACAUGUUGUCAGACGGCGGAUUAGAAAAGGAGUCCCUGAUUGUCUGAGAGGACUUGUUUGGCAGUUGAUCUCAGGAAGUAGGGACCUUCUGUUAAUGAAUCCUGGGGUUUAUGAGCAACUUGUUCUCUAUGAGACUUCAGCUUCAGAAUUAGAUAUAAUUCGCGAUAUUUCUCGCACGUUCCCCUCGCAUAUUUUUUUCCAACAAAGACAUGGUCCUGGGCAGAGGUCCCUUUACAACGUGUUAAAGGCAUACUCAGUCUAUGACAGAGAUGUUGGAUAUGUGCAGGGAAUGGGUUUUUUAGCUGGUCUGCUGCUUCUUUAUAUGUGCGAAGAAGAUGCAUUUUGGCUAAUAGUUGCAUUGCUAAAAGGAGCUGUUCAUGCCCCUAUGGAAGGGUUAUAUUUGCCGGGGUUGCCUCUCGUGCAACAAUACCUUUCUCAGUUUGAACAACUAGUACGGGAGCACAUGCCAAAGUUAGGAGAACAUUUUACUCAAGAAAUGAUAAACCCUAGUAUGUACGCAAGCCAGUGGUUUAUCACUGUAUUCUCGUAUUCUUUCCCAUUCCCUUUGGCUCUUCGAAUUUGGGAUGUUUUUCUUUAUGAGGGUGUGCAAAUUGUUUUUAAAGUUGGUCUGGCCCUUCUGAAAUAUUGCCAUGAUGACCUGUUGAAAUUGCCCUUUGAGAAACUCAUACAUGCUCUGCGCAACUUUCCUGAGGAUGUGAUGAACCCAGAUACUCUACUACCAUUGGCCUAUUCAAUCAAGGUAUCCAAGCGGCUGGAGGAACUGAAUCAGGACUAUCAAAAGAGAAAUGGGAAGCUCGCUGAAUCCCAUGUGAAUUAGGAGGAGCCACUGUGACCACCAGAGCCCCUCAUCUUGUGAAUAUAAUAUCAAGUGGAUGCAAAGCCCGCUGUGAAUAUACAAACAAUGAAAGUUUGGGUGAAGGCGUUGUUGACGCCUGAGGAAAAUCUCCACGUAAAUCAUUCAGUGCCAGUUUCCAUUGUGUUUCUACCUUAUUGUAAUUUUGUAUCACCCUGUCAAGUAUUAGUUACCACGACCUAGUUCAGCUGUUUGAGCUGUAAAGGUAAGAGAUCAAAGAUUCAAAGUGGUGAUUUUGGUAUCUAUAUAGUCUGUUGGAGAUCUUUCCGAGUCUACGAAGCAAGAGUAAGGUCUGCGUAUAUUCUAUCCUUAAAAACGUUCAGUGUUUUACGAGUGAUGCAUAUUUGGUAUAUGUUGAGUGUGACAUUAACGGUGAAUGUGCAUGAAUUUGUGAGUGGAGAAUUUCAAAUUGUAGUGAGUCUUUCCUUUUGAGUACCAAA